UGGCACGCUGGGAGCCAACAGGUAGAAGACGUGAUAGUGUUGUUGGCGUCGCUGCAGCUCAGUCCGCACGCUGAUCUUCUUUACAGAUCCAGAUCCUGCAGCAGCUCAGAGGAAGAGACGAGCAGCUGAGGUUUGUUUGGUCUGAGGAAGGAAACGUGCAGCAGGAAAAAACCAAUGGAGGAACUAUAAUUAUCUACAAGCGCCUCUUUCCUCCUCCUCGUCUUUCUGUCGAUCUCUCAGGGACGGAGGGAGAAGACCCAGCGGGUUGUCUGGGAACAGAAACGUGGAGGAAUGAAAACAUAGAUUCUGAACAGAGUCUGUAUGAGCACGUGCACACUGAGCAGUCUGAGUUAGUUUAGAGGAAUCAGCUUGUUUGUUUGUUUGUUUGUUUGUAUGCGUUUGGGAUCAAGCGGAGUCUUCUGCUCUCUUCCUGCUGUCGAAGCUUCAGUCCUGCCCCUGCUGGUGGAGACAAACGGCAUCACCUCCAGGUCUCAUAUUACACGCUGUGCUCUUGAAGGACUGCUGCAGCGAUGGGCGACAUUGACGUCGAGGAGCUGGAGCCGUUUCCCCUGGACCGAGAUGGGAAGCCCCUGAGGAUCGAGGGGGACCAGCCCGACGGCCUCAGGAAGCUCGGGUGCUGCGAGAAGUUCCAGCGGACCGUCUCCAAGUGGAUGCUUCCGGAGGACCUGCGCAGCAAGUACCUGGAACGUACCAGCUGCUGCCCGCCCCCCAUCUUCAUCAUCCUCAUCAGUAUCGGAGAGUUGGCCGUGUUUAUCUACUACGCCGCGUGGAAACCUCAGAAGCAGUGGGUGACCCUGGAUGAAGGCAUCUGGACCAGCCCCCUGACCUACAAGCCUGAGAACAGACAGGAAGCGUGGCGAUUCGUCUCCUACAUGUUUGUCCACGCAGGUGUGGAGCACAUUCUGGGGAACCUGCUGAUGCAGCUGCUGCUGGGAAUCCCACUGGAACUGGUCCACAAGGGGUUUGAAGUGGGGAUGGUUUACCUUGCUGGAGUCCUGGCUGGCUCUUUGGCCAGCUCCAUCUUUGAUCCUCUCAGUGCGCUGGUGGGGGCCUCAGGGGGAGUCUACGCUCUAAUAGGAGGUUACUUCAUGAAUGCAGUGGUGAAUUUCCGAGAGAUGAUUCCUCUCAUGGGGGUGGUUCGGAUCCUCAUCAUAGUGAUCAUCGUCGGCACAGAUUUCGGAUUCGCCUUCUACAGAAGAUUUGCAGGCGAUGAGGCUGGAAUGAAGGUGUCCUUUGUGGCUCAUUUUGGUGGAAUCGUGGCGGGUAUGACCAUCGGCUACGUCUUCUUCAGUGCUUACAACAAGAAGCUGCUCAAGGACCCACGCUUCUGGCUGUGCAUCGUCGGCUACGCCGUCUUCGUCAUCUUUGCCGUGCUCUUCAAUAUCUUUCUGUCAACAGCGCCGUAGCUUUUAAAAAACACUAAAAGUCUUAUUGUCAGACUGAGGAAGCUGUUUUUUACCAAUGUGCUGUUGUGUUUCAGAGCAAAGUUGCUUCUCAGAGAUUUUGUAAAUGUAAAGUUGUUUUAGUUUUUUAAUCUAAUUCAUUUUGUGAGUUCAAAUGGAAGGGUGCCCCCUACGGUUUUGGUGCUGCAUUGCAACAUGCAUCUUUUAUUUUAGACAAAGGUGAUAUUGAAAUGUGCCUUUUUAGAGGGAAAGAAUUUUAUCUGAUGUGUCUCUUUUUACAAGUAUGUUCCUUGUUCUAUUUAGUUUUUUAGAUUUCAGUCACUUGAUGUGUGACCUCACUAACGAGAAGAGAGUUUACGCAGAUGUCUCAGGAACAAAGGGGUGAAUGUCUAAAAUGUUGGUAUUUCCCUUUCCUUAUGUAAGCGAACCAACUGAUUUACCAACAGGCCUUGGCUCAAUGCCGCAGUGUAGUUAGAGUCACAUCCUGUAUGCGUGUGGAGUUGAUUAAUUUUCCUGACAUACUUUUUUAAUCUUAAACAAACAUCCAGCUCUAGUUUAACUUGUCAGGAAUACAUUUAAAUUAUAAGGAAGUUUUCUAUUCCCUGAAUCUAUUGAUUAAAACUUUAAUAUAACUGGUCCUAUUGAUUUUUGUUGUGAACAUAAUUCAUGAUAAAGACUGUUUUCUGUUUGAUACAGCAGGGACUCUGUAUAUAUAUGGAAACAACUGCUUUUUCUGUUUUUACUGAAGUAUCAGUGUCAUUCAGUCAAUUCAGUUCAUUUUCAAAUAUCACAAACUUGUUUGUCUCGACCCUGAAACACUGAGAAAUGUUUUAUGCACAUUCAAGAAAUGUGACGUCUAGAUUUCACUUUGUUUCUUUGAUUAAAUAUAUGUUGCUAAAGUGA